AUGACCGUCAUGCGCAACUGGUUCGGCGGCGGCGGGGGUGCGGAGAGCGCGCCCUCCACCUCCGCCACGACGUCGCCCGGCUCCGCGGAGCUGGAGUCCGCCUCCAUCGACGAAUUCGAAAGACUCAGUGAUUUGUGGUACGUUAAUGGUGUAGUACAGUAUUGAUGAAGGUUUUACAAGUUUGAUUUUUUUGUUUUUAAUCUAAAUUUUCGAAAUGAGAUCAAUUUUUGACCCUGAAGUGGUAUGUUUAUCACAUUUAUCAAUUACAAAAUAACCAUUUCUACUUUUUAUACUUUACAAAAACCCUUUGAAACGUAUCUGUAAGCUCUACCGGCAGUGUGGUCCAUUGGAAUCGGACUCUAAAUCCCCAAAAAAACCUCAAAACUUGAAAAAAACUUUGUCUCUUAUCAAGGGGUUUAGACCAAUUUGGACUAAUGCUUUCAGUUUUUCACUACCGUUUCAUCACUCUUUGCUCUCCAUUAUCAUCUUUUUUUUGUGUAUAAAACGAUCUUCAGCUCCUGUAUCAAUUAGUUUCGUAUUUUUCGGAAGUUGUAAAGUUGUAAUUUGUAGCGUUUAAACGUCUUAACGAGUCUUUGUUCCGAAGGUCCAAUGGGAUCAGCGCAAAAUGAGUUGGUCUCGGGCGUUGGAAGUCCUCCAAAAUUCGCGAACAGCCGUCCAAAAUUGCGUCCAUUCGACGGUUUUGUAACCAAUUGUUGCGAGGAGCAAAAUUUGUCGCAAAUCAGGGCUUUUUUCGAACUUCAAAUGGGCAAUUCUCUCAAAAAAGGGCCAGUUUUUCCUCUCGGAACUAACAAUCAUAUUGCAUAUCAUACAAACCAUUAAUUUCCGAGUGUUUUUUCUCUCCCAAAUUACCAAUUUGCUCCCUCCUUCACGUCACAUGCACGUCAACUUUCACCUGUUUUCGUUGUGGCCCCCAUGGCUUGGCACUCGGCCUACAAAUUGGACUACAAAACAUGGCUCGCCCAUUGUAAACGUUCUAUUGUCAUCCCGCUGUUUUAUUGCUCAAGAAAUAAUCGUAAAUCUCGGCAAAAUCCGCGAUUAACAUUCAAUGCGUUGAGUUAUGGCUGCGGCGUUGUGCAACAUUUAAGCGAACGAGCCGGUGUGUUGGAGGGACUCUUGGUCUUGAAUUUGUGUUUUAGUGGCUUGCACAUUGAGCCGUAUUUUACUGUGAUUUUUGAGGUGGUUAAAGGAUACUCGGUUGUACUUAAUGUCUUGGGUUUUUGAGGAGAUUUGAGCUGUAAUUAGGAGCUCUUGUAGCUGGGAUAUUUUGAGUGUAAAAGACCACACCUCUGUGGUGAAUAUCAAAGACUGUAAGAGACUUGUUGAGCUCAAUUUUUUGAGAUAUUUUGGUUUCAACAAUCUAGAAAAAGUAUCCAACAAUUGCUGUCUGGCUCUUCUGUAGGCCUGUGAAUUUGCGGAUAAAAACAAAUUAAAUUUUAUCGCUCUGAUUCUCUUCAAUGUACGUAAACGCUUGCUUACAUCGAUCCAUAUAUGUACUCCCUAGACACAACGUAUAUACAAAAUUUUACAAAUUUCCAGGCCUUUCAGUAUCCUUCUACCUUAUCCAACUUUCUUCUCAUCCUUUUUGUAUAUAUAACUUUGAUCCCAAAGAUCUCUAAGCCCCAGAGGGAGGGGUUUCCACAGUGUUCCCAAGACAAAUUGCAGACUAAUUAUACUCCACUCUUUGGCCUCAACUUCCGUCUGAUCAUUGACACUUUUCUUCCAGAGAGGUCGAUCCGCUGGCGGCGAACAGUUUGUUCCGGUCCGAGGCGUUUUUUUAGUUUUUAUGGAGCCCCGUUCAUAACGGGUGUAAGAGACGCUUCUUUAUUGCAUUCAAUGUUUGUUUGCUCCGCUUUAAUUACCAAUUAAUCUGGAAGGGGAAAGUCGCGAAAUUAGAGGGAAACUACGUGGAAUUGCUUAGGCAAUUCACAGGUGUUUCCGAAAUUGGGAAUAAUACCUUCGAAAAGUGGGCCGGAUAUGACAAAGUUUGCUUGUUUUUUCUGCGUAAUUGGCCAUUGCUAUGAGGUAAAUUUUCGUGUUUUUGGGGGACAUAGAGGUGUGACAUUCGACGUGGAUAUGUGAUGUAUAAUCUGUGAUGUCUAUAUCGGUUUAUUGCACAGUUAUUAGUCCAAAAUCGGCUUUGUUUUCCUCUUUUUCGGUUCAAAAAGUGCAUUAGCUUAUGGUUGUGGCUACUGUAGGUCGUCCUUAAACUAUAUUCGGCUUAAAGUUUAUUCAAAUAUUAACCCACAUUCGCUCUGCUCUCCCACCAAAUAUCGAUGGAUCCCCCCAAACAUUCUACGCAUUUUCCGUGGCCCGCCACCAAAAGCAAAAAAAAAAUCGCUUUCUCCUCUCUUCCAGCUUCCGAAAGUGAUUCGAGGCCUGUUUAAACAAAUCUUUUUUGGCUUCGAAAAGGUCAAAUCGAAUUGUUUGAACAUUGUUUUAGGGCCGCGAAAGUAACGGGGGGCAAACGCACUUCCUUUUCAUCUGAUAUGAAGCGAACUUUCGUUGAAAACCGGCGACUUACAAUACGCCCGGCUAAAAGAGUUUGUUUUUCGGUCAAGGGACGUCAGCGUCUGGUCCCAUUUGGAGGCCGGUCGUGGCCUUGGAAGGCGGUGUGAUGUGGCGCUGAUUGUCCUUGAUGAUGUUGCCGAGCUCUGAGUAACGGUGCCUUCAAGAAAUGAUGAUUAAAAUCAAAAUUCCUUCAGCAUAUUACAAAAUUCGAACUUGCGGCCACAAGAGCGGCGAAUUUUCUGGAAAAUUUCGCCGCAAGAGCCCUAAGAGUGCAACAUCUGGCUUCGCCAAUGUCCUUGCACUUUCUUCGACCCUUUUGUCUCUUACAAUACCGCUUCUGACCGCCCUAUCUGGCCCCAGAAUCUGUUUUUUCGACCAGUCUGCGCCUUUUUUCCCUUUGUUUUGACUGCAGAGCCGUUUUCGCCAAAUUUCAAGCGCCUUUUUGAUCGUUAGCAAGUCACUUAUGACUUUUAUAAAGUGCAACAGGUCAUACCGUCGCCCACGCCCGUCUACCGGGUAUCCAUUCCGCAUUCCUUACACGGGGAAAAGGUCGGAAACGUUAUAUCAAAUCGGAGGCACUUUUAUCAGCGGUAUGCUUAUCAUUCUCGGAAAAUUGCGACGGUUUAAUGGGCGGUUUCGAGGCUGGGAAACUGUUGUUUGGAGACCAUAUAAUGUUUAUGGUGUUAUUCAUGGCCUGCGAUUGUUUGGGAAGCGAUUGGUCGACAGUAGCAGGCAAAAAUCCAAGGAAAAUUCUUGGCCACAAAGCUUUUAUUGAUAAAAAUAUCAAUAAAUAAAAAUCCUACUCUAGAAUUAUCAUAGACUUCUUAUCUUCCAGGCAUAUUGAACUUGAUAAAAUUGCAGUUGUUAUAUCGAUUUUUCCCCCCGUUCAUCGCAGCUCGUACGCCCCAUUUCGGUAGCCAUUGUGUCGGGUUGGAGAGCGUGCCAUUUUGUGAUUAAGUUGAUAAGAUUUCUUUCCCUCCAUUCUUCCAGCAUGUUCCAUUCGUUAUUUAAGGGCCAUAAAUUAAGUGGAGAGAUUGAUCUUAAUUAAAAGCCCUUGUUUUUUUUUAUUCUCCUGUCCAUUGUAACGGACAAGUUUUUCCGAUGGAACGCGGGGGUAAUCUGAUGCGUAUUUAGAUGAGUUGUAGUCUAGACGGGCGUUGGGGCGAAACAUGGGCAAUUUGCAUAUGAAAGGUUUGCAUUUAUGAGCACUGAUGUUGAUUUUUUUUGUAGUUUUUGUCUGAAGCCAUGGCGGGGUUUUUGAGUUUUUUUUUGGAUAGAGCAAGGCUCUUGAAAGUUUUUUGAUGGGGUUUUUGACUCGGUUAUAGCUGUUGUUAAUUGCGUAUUAUGUUAAAAAAUUCGCUAGAUUGAAAUUGGCAAAAAAUAAGAGGUUCUUGUAGAUUGUACCUGGCCAGUUGAUGACCAAUAGAACUUUUCUUUUUUAUUUCGCUCUAAUUUAAAGGUUCCUCUCUAAACUGCGGCCUCGAUAGCAUAUCGAACAUCUUGGAAUAAUUUAGCGAAUGAGGCUCCUUAAUAUUACCCUAGAUCCCACUAAAAUCCUUCAAUUCUUUUCCCAACUUGUCCAUAAUUUUCCGCAAAAUCCCAUCAGCUCUUUGUUUCUGAUCUCCCUGAUCUUUACAACCUCCCUUGUGGCCUUAAAUCGCUCUAGAUUUAUGUUCGUUUACCCUCAAUAUUACACUAGCCACCUCCAAAGAGGAUUCCCCCCGAUUUUUUCCCGAGCAAGCGAGCCAAUUAAUUACGUCUGUUUUGCUGACAAAAAAGAUAUCGCUGGCAAAGCGGGGAAUUUAUCGAAGGGUCCGCGUAAUCUCGCCCAUCGAUCUGUUUAUUCCACCCGAUCAAUAUUCGCGGUAUUUUUUCUGCCUUGGUCGCCCUAUCGCCGUUUUCGUUGGGGCGGUUAUGCGUUAUAAACUUGGCUAAUUUUGCACAGACAGCGGUUUUUGUAAGGCAGAAGGUCAUGUUUUUUUCAUAAAAUUAUUAUAUUUUAUUGCAUUUUUGGUAUAGUACUGGGGUUGUUGUUUUAUGUGUAGAAAAUGUUGCUGAGCGUAAUAAAUUAAUAAAAAUAAUAUUGUAGUUAAAAGUUGUGUGUGCUAAAAUUACUUUCAAGCAAACUUUGUUGCUAUUUUGAGCUCAUUAUUGUAUUUUUUAAUUACUGGCAAUUACCGAGCUUUAAAAAAUUCAGUAAUUGAAAAAAUUUCCUUAAUGUGACGCUCUACCGUAUUUCUUUUACAUUUCUUUUUUCCUUACAACAACAUCUUCAUCUAAUACCAUAAACUAUCAUCCAUUUUCAACCCUACUCUUCUCUCCACCACCUCCAAAAUCACUGUCAAAAAUGUGACCUCAAAAGUCCGUCAUAAGGAAAACAGUUCCUCAACGGCGCACGUGAAGAUCAGAUUGCAAAAACUGGCGAUUUGCACGUCUCUUACGAUAAUAAAUUCGGCUGGUCGUAAAUAAAUAAAUUUUGUACCGUAGGAAGUUUUAUUUCUUUGUUUUAAGAUUUGUCAUUUGUUUUGGGCGACUUUUUGGGCAGUGAUUUACUGACGUGAUUCUGUUUGGCUGUCCACGAUUGGGAUCUUGAAAUUGGACUUGUUUUUUUUUUGAAUUUGGGAGAUUCAGAAGUCAAUUUUGAUUGGAUCGCAGAAUUUUCCGGAAUAAUUAUUGGGCCGCCCGUGUAAUAAGGGCGUUGUAGAUUUCUACAGAAGAGAUAUCAUAGGCGAUUUUGAUUAAACUUGAGCUUGAUAAAGCUUAAAUUUAAGCUUCCUCAAAGGCUAUGCCUGGUUUUUUAUUGAAGCUAUGAUGAUUUUUUAAUCAACAAUUUAUAUUUUUGAUUCGUAUUUUACACAGACCUUACCCACGAGGUUCUUAUUGGUCGUUAAACUCUCCCCUCUACUUUUCCUGACCUCCAUUAUUUUUAUUACUCUAUUUUUGCCCCAUUAUAACUUCAAAUGUCACUUCCAUGACUUCCAUUAUGACCAAGCAAAGAUAACUCUAUUAAAAGCCACUCUUCGCUCCACAAUUCCCCGUCUUUUUCAUUGAUAAGGCCGAAAAACAAUUCGAUUACAUGUUUCCUAUGUUUUUUUUUAUUUUUUUUUCGCUCCCGAUUCCCGUCUAUAUCUGUUUAUUACAACAUUAUAAUGUCCAAAAAAUUUCGAUUUUUGGAAUCUCGAGAAUUUAAUGGUUUUAAAAUACAUCGUGAUCGCUGACACAUUCUAACUCUCCGCUUACAGUAUGCAAAUCAUGGAAAAAAUUGUAAAUUGAUAAAUUUGAUAAAUCCGAAAGGGACAAAGGGCUCACAAAAAAGUAGUUUUUUGGAACAAAAAUGACUAUCCUACAUGUCGACAGACUUUGCGACGCCUAUGUUGAUGAUUUUAGCGUUGGCCAGACGCGCAAAAUCCAGCGAUCGGACAUGCGGUUGGUCAUCUUCAAUGAGAAUGAUCAGAGGUUACUGUACGACUCGGAGACAGUAAUCUCGAUUGAGGACAAGCAAUUGAAGGAUGCUCACAAAAGCGCUUGCGGAAGGUUUCAGGUGAGCAUUUAUGAUUUUUUUAGCUAGGGACAUUUUAUACGAUGAAACAUGCAUGGUAAAUUUUGAAAGGUUUCGUCGUAUAAGAUGUCCCUAAUGAUUUAAUUUGGUCGGUUACUGUACCUAGAAACUUGAUUGUAGAGCUUGGGGACAUCUUAUACGAUGAAAAACGUUUUGAAAAUUCCGAAAGGUUUCAUCGUAUAAAAUGUUCCUAAUGAUUUAAUUUGGUCGGUUAAUGUACCUAGAAACUUAAUUUUUGAGCUCGGAGACAUUUUAUACGAUAAAAAAUGUUUCGAAAAUUUUGAAAGGUUUCAUCGUAUAAGAUGUCACUAGUGCUUUAGUUUGGCCGAUUACUGUACCUGGGGACUUUUCAUGAAUAAAUAACACUUCUUAUGCAAGAUUACAGCCUACAUUUUAUUUUUGCGCCCCGUAAACAAUGUAAUUUCCAGUUCCUCCGCCACCGCUCUGAUGUCCCUCAAAUUGGUCGCAUGGUAUUUGGCACACUGCCAACCUCAUCCAAAACUGGAUCCUUGAAGAUCCACACCUUACCGUAAGCGGAUGACUUUAGAAAACUAAUUCUUGUUUAGUCAAACAAACUCGGUGAUGCUGAGCCGGGUCUUCUUCGUGCCAAAGGCGUCUAAGCUCAAUGGACCUUACAAGUAAGCCCUUGCAAAUUUGAAAUACGAUUUUGGAAAUAAUUAUCUAUCAUAUUUUGCGAGUAAAUGUUGUAAUUUUCAAUUUCAGUGAGCUCAAAUUCCUGACCAAUAGCUUCGGUUCGGAGCCGGACUGCCAGGGGCAACAUUAUGCAACGAUCCGGUCGUUGGACACGAUCCGCGAUGAUUUCCGAAGGAAGAAUUCGUCCGCCGAUCCGCCCAAGCGUUUCCAUCGGAUUCGAAACUCAUCGCUUCAGCUGGACAGCGAUGAUGCGAUCCUGGAGGAAGUCCGCGCUUUCUCACCGAAUCGGCUGAGCAGACAUUGCCGGAAACAAUUGUCGCUGAAGGGGUUGGCUGAUGAAGGUGAGGGUAGCGACUUUUUUUAUGCUAAAGUUUAUUAUCUAAUAACGAAAUUUUUACAAUAAAAAUUUUGAAUUCCAGGUCCAGCCGUCCGUUGGGGCAGUCGUUCCCGGAUGAGCUCCUGCUCUUCCGUCAACGAAAACAUUGACGAUCUAAAGCAAAUUGGAUUUGCCCUCAUUUUCGACGCCAAGGAACGAGACUUCCUCUUCCAACAUAUUCUCCAAAUUGAGCGAGAGAUUGUGAAAUUGGAGACCGGAAUUUACAAGGCUUCAUUGUCCCGGAGUCAGUUCUUUUAUUGUGUCUAUCAGGCGUACCGGCACUUCACCCACUCGGUGUGUCUGUUGUACAAUUCGUUGAGGCUCCGACAGCCCGUUUGGUUAUCGUUGUUGGACCCGCAUCAACAGAAUGAGGCGGCUCAACGGUUUUGUCAUUCCUUGGCCAAACUGAUCGAGCAGCUGGAUCGGAAGGAAACGCAAUUGUAAGUGGCUGUUGCCAAGUAUAUUGAAUGGUGUAUGGAGGCUCUAGAAAUCUAUAAACUUGGGCUAUUUCAUGUUCAAAAUGCACAUAUGGAUUUUAGAAACUUACCAUGAUUUUUCAGCUUUUUAUCCACCCUCCUUUCGACCGUCCUCAUGAACCAUUUGGCCUGGGUGGCGAGUGUUGCGCCGCCCGAUACGAUCCCUCAACAUGAACGGUCAUUACUGUUGGGGACUGUAAGUUUAAGCAAUAUCAUCACCGUCUUUUCUGAACCAUUUUAAUCCAUAUCAUUUUAAGAGUGUAAUCGACGCUUCCCGUCAUCCCUACAACGCCCGAUUGGCUCAGUUAAUGGAGCUCUGUGGAAUCGUUGGAGGAGGCGAUAAAUUGGCCAAGACUGUUGUCAUCGGGAAGAACCCUCGAUUGAUCAGCGAGAUCCUCUUUGUGUUGUCGUAUUUCAUCCGAUGCUCGAAUGUGGAAAGCAGGAGAGGAGGUGAGGAAUAUUUCAGAGUAUAUUAGACUUAAUCUGCAUGCAUAAACUAGGUCAAAAUAGCAAUAGAUUAAAAAGUAUUGUCCAUAAUACUUUACGGCCUACUUUCAGAAGUUUUAUCGCCCACCAGACCCGCGAAUCCGGUGAAUCUUGUUGGAUCACCCCCUUCGAAUGCUCAAUCCGAUCUAAUGGAUGAUUUCCUGACCGACCUCAGCUCCUCAAACACCUCUCAACAGCCGGAUCCAGCCCCUUCUUCAAUGCCAAUUCAUCCACCAACCAGAACCAAACGUCCUUCCUCUUCGUUGUCAUCCUCUCAAUUCGCAACCUCCCCUCCAGACGGAUGCUCCAAGUUCCCCAUCGACCUGGACGAACCUCCAUCCAAAACUCGAGCCAUCAACCCGCCGUUGAGCCAGUCGAUGUAUCCGGAAAUGGCGAGUCCCACGAGUUCGCGGAUAAUGAGCCAAUCCGUCCACAGCCAGACUAUUCAUUACUCGAGUGGGCAGAAUGGAUUGUCGAGUCCUGCCAGGAGUCGAAUGGAAUUGAUCUUGGAUGUGGAGGACGUUCAGAUGUCCGGACAAGAACUGGUCCCUUCGUUGUACCAAAACUCGCUUCAACAACAGGCUAAUGGCGCUCAGAAUGGCUCUCACUCUCCUGCCUCAAGCUCUCAUUCUUCGCAAUCGCUGGGUUCUAAUACCAACGCCAAUGGGGAUCUGGGAAGAUCGUUGUUGGCUGGAGUUUGUGCUUCCUAUUCGCCACAUUUUGUGCUAUCAGGUAAGCAAUUGUUUUGGCAAUAACAUCAAAAUUUUUUUUAGUUUACUGCGAUAGUAUUGAUCAAUAUCUUUGCAGGUGUGGAUCUCCGAGAAUCCGAAGUGGAAGACACCUUCAACGCCAUCUAUGAGGACGUCAAACAUCCGACCGGAGAACCUUGUGAGACCGCGAUUUCCCCCUCUUCUUCGACCAGCUCAGCCCUCACCAACUCUGCCCAUUCCACUCUUCACGACCUCCCACCUCGACCUUCUCGCCAUCGACGUCAAAACUCGACCGUGGCGGAUUCGCCGCGCUCUCGAAGCAGCCAGAAGUCGACCUGCAUUGAAGGCCCGACUUCAGCGGUUGUUGUGGUCGGCGAUCUCACCGACACCUCUGUACGAAUAGUUUCUGCGCAGAAUUGUCGCAUUGAAGACCAACAAGUCGCGAGCCCGUCGGAUGCGGUGGUUGCAAUGCUGGAGCAGUUCUUGUCGCUCUACAAAAUUGAAGCCAACUCGAACUUUUUGAUCAGCUUCUUGGAGGACAAGCUGAGCAGUUUGCUGAGUAAGAGUCAGACGUUGGUCAAGUUGAUCACCUCCGAAGAGAAGUCGGAUUAUCUCUACACCGAAAACAACUCCAAUACGGGCCAUUCGACAGCGAUGGAGGUCGAAUCCUCCAGCCCUAUCAGUCAUUCAAAGCCUGAUGAGCCCCAAUUCCGAGCGCCCAAUCCGCCAGCCGCAAUUACAAUGUCCAAGUUGCGGAAUUUGUCGGUUGUCUCGGUGAAAUCUCCCGGCAAGGAGCAUCGAGGCUGGGUGUCGACGGACACGAUCGACGAAGAUCCCGAUGACAAUGUCCUGGCGAGCGCUCCGAUGGUGUUGUCGAUGGAGCGCGUGUGCGAAGUUGUUGGCUGCGACUGCAGCGACCUCAGGCUGAUUGUCAAUGUGGCGUCGAUUUAUCAGCCCAACGUCUUGAAUAGUAUGGUAUUGUGA